AUCGUCUGCACCUGCCAUGCAGAUCCGCUACCUGGAGGCUAUGCAGGCAAUGGCCAAGUCUGCCAACAGCAAGGUUAUCUUCUUGCCUGGUGCUAGCCAGGGCAUGCCUUCUUUGAACAACGCGCACAUCACGGAUGGCAACGGCGAGUCCAGCAACAAGAAUGAUAUCACCGGCAGCGACUUCGGAGGUGGGAACCCCGGUUUUCAACAAGCGCUGAACUCCCGCGUUAUCGAGAACCUUUAAACGUGUUCAUCGAAUGCUGACUCGAGGGUUGCGUCGCGUUGAAAUAGCGUGGUCCCAUUCCUGAUUUCGAUGCCCUCCCCUCGUUGCUGGGCAUCUGUCCUCGGCACUGCGAUCUUGCUUGACGAAUUCUACGAUAACCCUCUACACAAUCUUUGCACUUCCCACAGUCAACCCUUUUUGUCGAAUUUCAUAUACCCACGCUUUUUCAUCGCAAGAACGACUCGCAAGGACGAAUGCACUGUUCUUGCUCAGUUUUCUGCAGACAGGAAGUUUGCAGUAGCUCGGGCCGCACGCAGAGACGAAAGAUGUCCUGCGUCGUUGCCGAGAAAAGGCAGGACGGAUGAUACCCCUCGUUCGCUACCAUUCCGUGAUUCAAGGAUACGGUGGUUUUGUAUCUGCUUGGGUGCAGAUAUCUUAAUUAGUUGCUUAGUCUUUGUGCGC